UCCAGAAUCUGGUCAAUUGAACUCUGUUACUCGGAGGUGUCGGUGAAGAGCAGCAAGCCCCAAGUUGAAAUCAUCUAUCUAUCUAUAUAUUUUCAUAUUUAUAUAAAGAGACUUCUUGGGACUCAACAUCGCCCAACGGCUGCACUCCACAGGCAACUCUCCAACACCAGUGACCAAAGCAUUUCAGAAGAUUUUUUAUUAUUAUUAUUGUCUUUUUAAAAUAUUUAUUUAAAAAAAUCGGAUCCAUUGCUUUUUGUGAAACUUGAAAAGAAAUUAAGAAAAAAAAAAGAAAAGAUGGCAAAUCAGCAAAUCAGCCUUCCAGCUAAGCUUAUCAAUGGAGGUUUUGCUGGAAUUGUGGGAGUAACUUGCGUGUUCCCUAUUGAUUUGGCAAAAACCAGACUGCAGAACCAGAGGGCGGGCCAGCAGCUCUACAAGAGCAUGAUGGACUGCUUAGUCAAGACGGUGCGAUCUGAUGGUUAUUUUGGAAUGUAUAGAGGUGCUGCAGUUAACUUGACCCUUGUCACUCCUGAGAAGGCUAUAAAACUUGCUGCUAAUGACUUCUUUCGUUUCCAUCUCAGCAAGGAUGGGAAGGGACUUAAUGUCUUUAAAGAGAUGUUGGCAGGCUGUGGUGCAGGGACAUGUCAAGUGAUUAUAACUACUCCAAUGGAAAUGCUGAAGAUUCAGCUUCAGGAUGCUGGGCGACUUGCUGCCCAGCAGAGAGUGAAAGCAACAAUGAUUCCCUGCACAAAACUAGCAGCUGCCACUGCAGUACAUUGUAGAUCAUACAAUGUAAGUCCAGUUACCAUCACUAGGAAAUUAUCUGCCACAGAAAUAGCUCAAGAGUUGCUGCGCACUCAAGGGGUUCGUGGCCUUUAUAAAGGCCUAGGAGCCACACUUCUAAGAGAUGUGCCAUUCUCUGUGGUUUACUUCCCACUCUUUGCACAUAUUAACCGACUGGGGCAGCCGUCACCUGAAGAGAAUGCUCCAUUUUACCAUUCAUUCCUUGCAGGCUGUAUUGCUGGGUCUACAGCUGCUGUUGCAGUCAACCCUUGUGAUGUGAUCAAGACCAGAUUGCAGUCCCUUCAGAAAGGAGCCAAUGAAGAAACCUACAAUGGAAUAAUUGAUUGUGUCAGGAAAAUCUGGCAUAAAGAAGGUCCUUCUGCAUUUUUGAAGGGAGCAAGCUGCCGAGCCCUAGUCAUUGCUCCACUGUUUGGUAUUGCACAAGUUGUUUACUUUGUUGGAGUUGGAGAGUUUGUACUGGGAUACACACCGUUUAACCUUUACUCAUCGUAGAUGGCAUCAUUCCAGCAGUUUACAUCUUAGAAAUAACAAGAAGUCAAGUCAUGAAAUUAGUAUGGAAAAUGAUGGAACCUUUUGCAAGGAACCAAAAGUUUUUGGCAGCUAUUAGUCAUCCACCUUUUAAUGGUUAAGUUCUUGCUGGUUUCAGAAUCGUAACAUGUGAUACUUUUGGAAUGACCAGGGCAAAGAGUGCUGGGAGAGUAAUGUUGGCAUUAUUCUCAUGUCAUUUUUUAUGGCAUUUUGUCUGGGACAUUUCUGAAGUAAUCCCUAAUCUCUUGUCCAUGCUUGUCAUCUGCCUGGCAUGGUCUGGCCCAUGCCAAGAUCUUUGUCUCUUUAAUUUACAACUAAAGGGUAGGGAAACAAUGUCAUCAAAUUUUGGCUGGCAGAGUUCUGUGAAUAAGCAGACGGUACGUUGAUAAAGUAGCAACAGGGCACUUUGCGUGUUGGUGAUCCUUCACCACACUCAAAUUUGGGAGAAAACCUUUAAAUACUGUCAUUCAGUAGAUCACUGAGGCCUGUUCCCGUCAUUCGGGAAUGCAGGCCUUUUUAUACCUCAAUGAGGAUUUUUUUUGUAAUGGCCUUUCCUUGUUCAAAGGUUGGACUGCUAGUCAGCAGCUUAAACAUUUUUCUCUUAAAAUGAGAAUGGAUCACUCCUGGUCUACCCUUCCUGCUUUCGUUAACUCCUAGAUUGGAACUAUCAAGAAAGGCAUGUUGAGGACCGUUCAUUGGCAGUACUGCAAGAGCCAUGUCACUUGUCUGUCCUUUUUUUUUUUUUCUUGCAGAUUAUAAACGCUUGUUUAACUCUCCUGAUUGUAAAUACAGAAGCACCCUUUCUCUUCACCUUUAAUUUUUAUUGUUUGGAUUUAAAGAAGCAUAUAACUUGUCCUGUAUUUGGUUGAUAGGAUAAAGCAAAGAUUUCACAAAUGUACAGUUAAACUAUGCCCGUUGGUAAUGUCCAGAGGAGAGCUAAACAAGUGACCUAAAGUGUGUAACUUUUUAUGUUUAGAAAGGGAGGGAGGUUGCUAGAAUGUUUACUUGUGUUAAGUUUUCUGAUGUUGGCCACAUUCCUACAGCUGGAUUGGAAUUAUUUAUCACGACACCUGAUGUUGUUUUUACAGCAUUCACUUGACAUCACUGUAACUAGGUACAUUACAAGAUGGCCCACGUCAAUGAAGGUGUUCUGCUGAUUUUUAUUCCUCCAGCCACCUUUGGCAUCGGUCCAUUAAUAAAACACUUGAGUUUCUGUGUUCAAGCACGCUAAAUGAUGAGCCGAGUUUAUUUUAGUAUAAGGGCUGAAACUAAUUUAGCCAGAAGAAAGGACCUCUCGUUGAGCAGAUUUGUUUACACGUCAGUAACUGGAUUUAGCCAAAGGGUAAAAAAAAAAAAGUGGAAGGUUUUUGUUGAAGAGUUGCCUUUGAAAUGUAGCUGGUUUUCUGUUUUGGGCCAAACUUCUGUGUAAUUUUUUUUUUUUUUUUUGGUAUGCACUUUGUACAAAUUCAUAAUAUAUUUGGAUUUAAUAGGCAGAGUAAGUGGGUGUUGUACUAGUUUGAGUUGUGAUUGGUCUUUUUAGAGAGUCCCACUUCAUUAAAAUGGGGGAAACGCCAAUAUCCAAAGAGUGAAAAUGGAAGUCGUGGUUAUACCAAUUUUUCGAUUCAUUUGGUCUUUGCAGGUUUGGGUAAUUUGCAUUUGACAAAACAUUGGUGCUUUCCAAAAUGAUUUUGUGGGUUACACUAUUGUAAAUUUUUUUUUUUUUUCUGUAUGAAAUAUAGAGCAUUUUAUAUUGAUUAAAGGACAGUGUCAGUGUUCCAGUGUAGAAUUCAUUUUAUUUUUCCCACAAGUCACUAGAGGAAGUCUAAUUUUAGAAAAAUGAGUUGUAAUCCCAAGUGAACUAAAGGUAGUUUGGUACAGACAGCGUCAUGUUUGCCUGUAGUACACAACUAUUAGUAUAUUAGUGUAGAAUGCAGAGGAAGUCUCUAAAGGGGAGUUCGUUGUAGUUUACGUUGGCACCCCCUUUUGAUGCACAAAAAGUGAAAAGCACACGUUUGAAGUUUUUUUUUACUUUGGGUCCCACAUUCAGUAUUGGAGGAAAAUGCUUGAUGUGAUUGAACACUGACCUCUGUCUUUCCCUUGGAAACAAAGCACGAGUUUGCUUUAAGCUAAAUUAAUUUUCUUGAAGUUUUCUUUUCUGUAAAGGAUAGUGUAUGUUCAGCAUUUAACAUUACAAAUGUUACUCUUUUAUUCUCUUGUUUCUUGUAAUGUGAUACAUACCCUGUUUUCUGUGUUUUAAAUCAUUUUUCCUUUUUAUUUGUAUUGUGAUCAUGUACUCUCAAUGUCUUUUGUUACAUCUGUUUACUAUUUUAUUGUCUAAUUUGUCUUUAUUAUUUCUUUGUCCUGUUUGCACCAAGCACUGCCCACGUACCACGUGUACUCAAUGGCACACUUUCAUUUCAAGUACCAUCUGUGCUUAAAUGGUCAGGUUUCAUCUGUUGACUGUAUGGAAUUUCUAAUUUAACUUUAAAGCAAGUUAAAUGGUGCUUCUCAGUGCUGAAACUAAUAAAUGCUUUAUUUUAUACAA